GGAUUGUCUUUAAAUCCCUCCAGACCCUCUCGGACCUUGGCCAUUUCAACCCCCGAACCGUGAGUGGGCAUCUGGUCGACGGUUUUUAUUUUGGGGUUUUUCUUUCUUUCUUUCUUUUUACAAACUUUUUGACAGCCGCAAGGAUGAGUGAACAAGCCAUUUCUUUCGCCAAGGACUUCUUGGCCGGGGGUAUCGCCGCAGCCAUCUCCAAGACAGCCGUCGCCCCCAUUGAGAGGGUCAAACUCCUGCUUCAGGUCCAACAUGCCAGCAAACAGAUCGCGGUGGACAAGCAGUACAAGGGCAUCGUGGACUGCGUGGUCCGCAUCCCCAAGGAGCAGGGCUUCCUGUCCUUCUGGAGGGGCAACCUCGCCAACGUCAUCCGCUACUUCCCCACUCAGGCCCUCAACUUUGCCUUCAAGGACAAAUACAAGAAGAUUUUCCUGGACGGCGUGGACAAGCACAAACAGUUCUGGAGGUACUUUGCCGGGAACCUGGCAUCCGGCGGCGCGGCGGGGGCCACGUCGCUGUGUUUCGUCUACCCCCUGGACUUCGCCAGAACGCGCCUGGCCGCCGACGUGGGCAAGGCCGGAGGGGGGCGCGAGUUCAAAGGCCUGGGAGACUGCUUGGUGAAGAUCAGCAAGUCGGACGGCAUCAAGGGGCUGUACCAGGGCUUCAGUGUGUCAGUGCAAGGCAUCAUCAUCUACAGGGCGGCUUACUUCGGCGUCUAUGACACGGCCAAGGGCAUGCUCCCUGACCCCAAGAACACUCACAUUGUGGUGAGCUGGAUGAUCGCUCAGUCCGUGACCGCAGUGGCCGGUCUGGUGUCCUACCCGUUCGACACCGUCCGCCGUCGUAUGAUGAUGCAGUCUGGUCGAAAAGGAGCCGACAUCAUGUACAGCGGCACCAUCGACUGCUGGAGGAAGAUCGCCCGUGACGAGGGCAGCAAGGCUUUCUUCAAGGGAGCGUGGUCUAACGUGCUGCGGGGCAUGGGUGGCGCUUUUGUGCUGGUCCUGUACGACGAGCUCAAGAAAGUGCUGUAAUUAUUUCAUUUGUUGGACCAGCCCACUCUUUGUGUUGCGACUGUAACAUAUCUUGUACAUUCGGAUGGACUCACAUGCUGAAAUAUAUUUAUCGGGGACCAACUAGUAUUUGGCUACUAGUUGUACCAGUGGGAGGAGGGGGGAAUUGAAAUCUGCUAUGCACUCUUGGCCCAUGUUUUUGUUUGGUCAUGGUUUAUUUUGUUGUUUUUUUGUUUUUUUUUGCCCACACCUGAAUGUCGGCCCCUUAAUGCAGGAACUUUGCC